AAAGGGUGUUGUUAGGAAAGAGACAUCUAUCAAGCUAUCGGGCGUCAUCCAGCUGGGAACUAAUUACAUGUGGGGUCCCACAAGGUCCCAUUUUAGGGCCUUUACUUUUUCGUGUGUAUACCAAUGACCUUUCAUCAGUAACAUUACGAGAUGCCAAGUUGAUUUUGUUUGCCAAUGGUACAAACGCAAUAAGUAACAAAUCAAGUGUAGUCUUAGAAAGAUCAGCUAAUAAAAUAUUUGUGGACAUUAAUCACUGGUUCCUAGCCAAUUCCUUGUCACUAAACUUUAAAAAAAAAAAAAAAAACAUGCAGUUAAGAACUUGUAAGGGGUGUCCCACGAGUAUAUGCCUAACAUACGAUGACAAGCAGGUAGAAGAAGUGUACAGUGUUAAAUUCUUGGGAUUACAGCUUGAUAAUAAAUUCAACUGGGAAAAGCAUACCACAGAACUGCUGAAGCGUCUUAACAAGUAUCUAUUUGCAAUGCGAAUUGUGUCAGAAAUUGGGGAUAUAAAAAUGAAAAAGCUGGCAUACUAUGCUUACUUUCAUUCCACAAUGUCAUAUGGGAUUAUUUUUUGGGGUAAUUCAUCAAGCCAAGUUAAAGUUUUCCGGGCACAAAAACGUGCAGUAAGAGUUAUAUGUGGUGUGAACUCAAGAACAUCCUGCAGAAGCCUGUUUAGGGAACUAGGGUUACUAACUACUGCUUCCCAAUAUAUUUAUUCUUUAAUGAAAUUUGUCAUUAAAAAUAUAUCACUUUUUCAAACCAACAGCUCAAUUCAUGGAAUCAAUACUAGAAAUAAGAAUAAUCUUCACAAAGAUUUAAAGUCACUUAGUCUUGUACAAAAAGGUGUGCAUUAUUCAGGAACACACAUUUUCAAUAACUUGCCAGCAGCCGUAAAAAGCUUAACAACCAAUGAAAUUCAGUUUAAUGAUUUAUUGGUGGCCAACUCCUCCUCCUCCAUUGAUGAAUUUCUCAGUAGAACCAGCUGAUUUGUAUGUGUGUGUGUUGGAAGCUACAGCAAAAUUUCAUUAAGGCAGGUGUAGCACCCAAUGUAUAGACAGCACAGUGUGGUGUCCUGCAAAAGAGAAGACAGAAGAACAAUACGAAAAUUAAGAAGUCAUCCAGCCUGGAUGAGUUACCAGCCUCUAUUCUGAAGAUGGGCAGUAGUCAGCAGUACUCACUCAGAUGGAAUAAUUACCCAACCCAUGUAACAGGAGGUUUUAGUACAUUGAGGAAUGAUGAAGAGUUAGUGGACGUGACACUGAGCUGCGAAGGAAAGCGCAUUCGGGCUCACAAAAUGCUUCUUUCAGUGUGCAGUACUUACUUCAGAGAGCUUUUCAAAGAAAAUCCUUGCCAGCAUCCAGUAAUAAUUUUCCGUAAUGUCAAGUUUGAAGACCUGGUGGCUUUGUUAGACUUCAUAUAUCUUGGUGAGGUGAAUGUGAUGCAGGAACAGCUCACAUCCUUCCUCACAACAGCAGAACUGUUGGCAGUGCAAGGUCUGUCAGAUGAUACAGUUAAAGACAAAUCAGCAGCCAUGGCUGAUAGUCUCCCGCUAGAGAGAGAGCAAAUAGAUCUCACUGACUCUCCACCACCAGUGCACAAAACUGUUGCUCUGAAGAACAGUGGAUGUUCCGGGUCAUCACACAACAGGAGAGAAAUAUCUUCUCCUCGGCAACAUUCUCCAAUACCAGGUUACUGUGCAACCACAUCUGUCACAGAGUGCCACCAGGAGGCUUUGCCAAACAAGCGACGUCGGCGGUCGUCUCCUCCAAAACUGGCUGCCAUUUUUGGACUGAGUGGGAAGAGUGAAGAGAACAGACGAGAAUGCCCUAUAGUACCUACAGUCGCCAGAAUAUCAGCUAAGGCACCAGCACGAGAACCUGUGGUAACCGCACCCAGCAUACCAGAACCUCAUGUCAAAAUGGAGGAUCCAGACUACAUAGAUGAUUCUCGAACUUCUGCCAACCGGGGCCAGUUAUCAGGUGGGGCAGUUCUGGAAAGUGAUACUUGUUCAAACUUGGAACAGUUUGUAGUUGCUAAAACUGAAGGAGAUUCAUCACUUGCUGUGAAUGUGGACCCUCCCGAUGCUCUAGAUGUGUAUGGCAGUAGCUCACAGGAUGUGGACGCCACAUCAGACAGCUUACCUACAGGAGAACUUCCUCAUAUUCUUGUGAAAGCUGGUCCAUCUGAGGAGAAACAAAAUGAAGAUAUGCGACGGCGCCAGACCUUGUGGACAGGAUCCCUCUGGCAGAGCCUUGGAUGUGGGUCAGAGCAGUCUGUGGUGCAUCACUUGACAAGGUCUUCUAUUCAUGGUAAAAUCUGCCUCCAGUGUAAAGUGAAGCAGCGAACAACAGCAAGGGGAUCAUUCAAACAGACUCGCUUCUUGUGUGCCGAGUGCAAUGUGCGAUUGUGUAGAGAACCAUGUUUUGACGAGUAUCACAUAGAGGCGGGCAUACCCACAGCUCCGUAUUCCAGAAAUUACAGCUAAUGAGAUGAGCAGGCAUGUAGCAAUGUCUGAAGAUUUAACCAAGAAGUCUUUCCAGCAUUUGGCACUAAAGUACUUAUGAGAUUCCUGUUACCUUAUUAUUUUCAGUCCAACGAAACGGAAAAGAUGGUCAUGUUUGACUACACUAGUAAAAUUUACGUUUUAUUUUAACAGUCUAUGACUGGAAUUGUUACAGGAGAUGACUUUUGUAUGCUUGUGGUUGUACAUAAUGUGAUUGAAAAAUUAUAGUAUU